CGCGCAGUAACAAAUGAAGUGCGCGCUGCGACACCUCCCAGCUCUCCAGGCUCAGCCGCCAUUUCCUCGCCUGGCCUAACGGUCCGGCCAAUCCCAGCGCGCAUCGAGAAGGGCUAAGGCUCCGCCAAUCGGAGGCCGCCGAUUUCGACCCCUUGUCUCGGCCCGGCCCAAUCCAGGCUCCGGCCCCGUCGCCCCCGGCCCGCCCCCGCGGCGCCCUCUCUCCUCCCUCUUUGUGCGUCUCGCGCCGCCGCCGCCGCCCGCCGCGUGAGAGGACGGGCUCCCCGCGCUCCGCGGCAGCACAGUCAGGUCCCCUCCCCCCAGAAGAUUCGCGAAGGAGAAACCGCCGCCGCCGCCGAAAAGGAGCCGCCGGUGCCGGUCCCUGGGGGGCGCCAUGGCGACCGGAGCGAACGCCACGCCGCUGGGUAAGCUGGGCCUCCCUGGCCCCAAAGGGGGCUUCGAGCCGGGGCCACCGCCUGCUCCCGGGCCUGGGACGGGGCUGCUGGUGUCCGGGCCGCCGCCGCCCCCGCCCGUGGGCUCGGUGGGGGCCCUGACCGCGGCCUUCCCCUUCGCGGCGCUGCCGCCGCCGCCGCCACCGCCGCCGCCGCCCCCCCCACCUCCCCAGCAGCCGCCGCCGCCCUCCCCGGGCUCCUCGUACCCGCCGCCGCAGCCGCCCCCUCCGCCGCCGCUCUACCAGCGCGUGUCGCCACCGCAGCCGCCGCCGCCACCCCAGCCGCCGCGUCAGGACCAGCAGCCGGGCCCGGCCGGUGGCGGAGGAGACUUUCCCAGUAAGAAGCGGAAGAGGAGCCGCUGGAACCAAGACACAAUGGAACAGAAGACAGUGAUUCCAGGAAUGCCUACAGUUAUCCCCCCUGGACUUACUCGGGAACAAGAAAGAGCUUAUAUAGUGCAACUGCAGAUAGAAGACCUGACUCGUAAACUGCGCACAGGAGACCUGGGCAUCCCCCCUAACCCUGAGGACAGGUCCCCUUCCCCUGAGCCCAUCUACAAUAGCGAGGGGAAGCGGCUUAACACUCGUGAGUUCCGCACCCGCAAAAAGCUUGAAGAGGAGCGGCAUAACCUCAUCACGGAAAUGGUUGCCCUCAACCCUGAUUUCAAGCCACCUGCAGAUUACAAACCUCCAGCAACACGUGUGAGCGAUAAAGUAAUGAUUCCACAAGAUGAGUAUCCAGAAAUCAACUUUGUGGGGCUGCUGAUUGGGCCCAGAGGGAACACCUUGAAGAACAUAGAGAAGGAGUGUAAUGCCAAGAUCAUGAUCCGGGGGAAAGGCUCUGUGAAAGAAGGGAAAGUCGGGCGCAAAGAUGGCCAGAUGCUGCCAGGAGAAGAUGAGCCGCUUCAUGCCCUGGUUACUGCCAAUACCAUGGAGAAUGUGAAGAAAGCAGUAGAACAGAUAAGAAACAUCCUGAAGCAGGGUAUCGAGACUCCUGAGGACCAGAACGAUCUACGGAAGAUGCAGCUUCGAGAGUUGGCUCGUUUGAAUGGGACCCUUCGGGAAGACGAUAACAGGAUCUUAAGACCCUGGCAGAGCUCGGAGACCCGCAGCAUUACCAAUACCACAGUGUGUACCAAGUGUGGAGGGGCUGGCCACAUUGCUUCCGAUUGCAAAUUCCAAAGGCCUGGUGACCCCCAGUCAGCUCAGGAUAAAGCGCGGAUGGAUAAAGAAUACUUGUCCCUCAUGGCUGAACUGGGGGAGGCACCUGUGCCCGCAUCUGUGGGCUCCACCUCUGGGCCCGCCACCACACCCCUGGCCAGUGCACCUCGGCCUGCUGCUCCCGCCAACAACCCACCUCCGCCGUCUCUCAUGUCCACUACCCAGAGCCGCCCACCCUGGAUGAAUUCUGGCCCGUCAGAGAGUCGGCCCUACCAUGGCAUGCACGGAGGUGGCCCUGGUGGGCCCGGAGGUGGCCCGCACAGCUUCCCACACCCGUUACCCAGCCUGACGGGCGGGCACGGUGGACAUCCCAUGCAGCACAACCCGAAUGGACCCCCUCCUCCUUGGAUGCAGCCGCCGCCACCACCGAUGAACCAGGGCCCCCACCCACCUGGGCACCAUGGCCCUCCUCCAAUGGAUCAGUACCUGGGAAGUACGCCUGUGGGCUCUGGGGUCUAUCGCCUGCAUCAAGGAAAAGGUAUGAUGCCGCCGCCGCCUAUGGGCAUGAUGCCGCCGCCGCCGCCGCCUCCCAGUGGGCAGCCUCCACCCCCUCCCUCUGGUCCUCUUCCCCCAUGGCAGCAGCAGCAGCAGCAGCCUCCGCCACCCCCUCCGCCCAGCAGCAGUAUGGCUUCCAGUACCCCUUUGCCAUGGCAGCAAAAUACGACGACUACCACCACGAGCGCUGGCACAGGGUCCAUCCCGCCAUGGCAACAGCAGCAGGCGGCUGCCGCAGCUUCUCCAGGAGCCCCUCAGAUGCAAGGCAACCCCACUAUGGUGCCCCUGCCCCCAGGGGUCCAGCCGCCUCUGCCGCCCGGGGCCCCUCCCCCUCCGCCGCCUCCGCCGCCUGGUUCCGCCGGCAUGAUGAUCCCUCCCCGCGGCGGCGAUGGCCCGAGCCAUGAGAGUGAGGACUUUCCGCGCCCAUUGGUGACCCUUCCAGGCAGACAGCCUCAGCAGCGCCCCUGGUGGACAGGAUGGUUCGGCAAAGCAGCCUGAGUUAUUUUUAUGGACGGAAUCGGAACACGCUGGCUCCAUAUUGUGAAAUUUUUUAUUAAAUUUUUCUUUUUCCUUUGUUA